AUGUUCGGAUCAAGAGACAGCACGAACGAGAGAAUCACAGAAAUCAUUGGCGUUCCUAAUUAUCAGUACAAUCCACCUCUACCUAAUGGCGAAGGACUUGUUUCUAUUCCAGAUGGCGAUAUAACAGUCACUGUCAAGCUGAUCAAUCCGGUCACAUUCGGUCCUGCGAAGUUGAGUCGAUUAAUGCAGCCGGACGUACCUUUCUUGGAGGUUUUCGAGGCGUGUCCGUCUUUCUCUUUUCUGUUGGAGCAUCCUUCUGGCAAGAAAUUAGUAUGGGAUCUGGGCAUUCGACAUGAUUAUAUGAAUUCCGCUCCAACAGUGGCAUCGUAUAUAUCGAAAUCUGGGUACAACAUUCAGGUGCAAGGCCAUGUUGCGGAUACUUUGAGCGAUAAUGGGGUGGAUCUUAAUGAUGUGGAGGCGGUGAUAUGGAGCCAUUGGCAUUGGGAUCAUGUAGGCGAUCCUAGCACUUUCCCGAAGUCCACCGCGCUUGUUGUUGGUCCUGGUUUCCAAGAAUUAUUAUUGCCGGCGGCGCCGACGAAUCCAGAAAGUCCAAUAUCGGAGAGUGCGUGGGACGGGAGAGAGCUCCGCGAGCUCGACUUUGCAAAGCCGGGCACAAUCCGCAUUGGACAAUUCCCGGCCAUAGACUACUUCGGAGACGGAUCAGUAUACCUCCUCAACAGUCCAGGACAUGCAGUUGGACAUCUCUGUGCUCUUGUAAGGACAACAGUGAAUCCUGAUACGUUCAUUUUCCUGGGUGGCGAUAUAUGUCAUUACUCCGGUAUCAUGCGGCCAUCGAUCCAUCUGCCAGUCCCCAAGGAGAUCUCUCCGCAUCCUGUGCUUCCACAUAGCUCGGCAUCUUUUUGUCCAGGACAUGCGUUCGAAGAACUCCAAACUUCGCGCGGGAGGCAGACUGAUGAUACCUUGUACGAUAUGGCGUUUGGGUAUGACAUUCCUCUGGCGACGGAUACAGUGAAGAAGUUGCAAGAGUUGGACGUUCAGAGCAACGUCCUCGUGAUCAUUGCACAUGAUGCGCACGUGGGUCGCAUUGUUGACCAUUUCCCGCUAAGCUUGAAUGCGUGGAAAGAUCGUGGCUGGGGCGCCAAGGCGAGAUGGGCGUGGCUCAAAGACUUGGAAGGUUACUGGAAAUCGAAAGGUGUGCUAGAAUAG